AUGAAAAGAACGUUUUUGCUGUAUUUCUACCUAUUUUGGCAUUUUCAAGUUUUAACUGAACGUGUUGAUCCUCUGGAAUCUUUGAUAAGAAAUGGAUGGUUGAUGUUGAGAGAUUACGGAGAGAAAAUGAUUUCAAAUAUUGCCAUUCCCAGAACUUCUGAUGUUCCUGAAGGGGUUUCAUCCAAUUUUCAGUUGGAUCCUGAUAAACAGAAAGCCUUGGAUACAAUUACACAGAUGAUGAACACAUGCCCAAGAGGGUAUCCGGUUCAAGAAAUCAAAGGAGUUUGGCACAUCACAAGAAUCAGCAAACGGAUGCUUCACACUGUCUUUGUGGAUAUUCAUGAGGCAAUUGAAAAACUGUCAACUGGCGGAUCAGUUAGUUCCAGAAAAUCGUUGUUUUCUUUGUUCAAAAGUCAUCCGAUAAUGAGGUGUUUUCAAGUUACAAGUAAGUUUAGAAACAAAUUAGGGACUAUUUUUGACUCCUACUCGACGACUCCACUUCUUCUCCAUUCGAAUUCUCCUACCGCUCAACUGACGACCAACGAAAAUCAAUAA